UUCCAUGAUCCCCGUGAUCUUGAUGCCGCCAUCGAAUAUCAAGAAGAGUUGAGACUCUCUCUACCAUCUGCAGACGACCUCCACGGGCUCCUUUGCACCAACCUUUACGACGCAUACAAAGUACGCUAUCGGAUCACUGGUGCAAUCGAUGAUCUGAAGCGUUCCGUGAGAAUGUGCAACGAGUCCGCUCCUCGCUCCACAAAUGCUGUUGGCCCAUCUUUGCUACCUUCUCCAGACGCGGAGGAUACACCGAAUGAACCGGAUCGAAACUUGCAGUCCAGGUCUCAAGUCUUUGACAGGCUCGUCCAAGAUGUGCAGAAUGGCGUAGAAAUGUCUGAACCAAUUGCAGUAAUGGCGGCGAGCACCUUUAUGAAGUUCAUGGAAAGCUAUUCGGAAGAUCUCCGAGAACUGAACACUGUGCGAGAUCUCAUCGAGGCGGCCAUAAACGUUGGUCAACGUCCGUCCGUCACUCAAUUGGAAUUGUACCUGUGCUGGUACCGAAGAACAGGCGAGCGGAGCUAUCUUGAUGCCGCCAUGACUACAGGGUCUCAGGUCCGGAUAGAACUCCGCAUGGAAGUUCUGUACGAGCGAUACAGGCGAGAAGGUGCCAUUGCGCUGGGACGAGAACGGCAUAAACCCGGCAAUCAACCUCAAGGGGGGAUACUACCUUUCCCCCCUCGGUAUGAUCCUUAACGCGAAGUAUCGUCUAACAGGCGAUCUUACCAGCAUAGAAGAGUCUCUGAAACUUGAACAUGCAGACUCCGUCGAGCUUGCGGAAGCCUAUCUGCACCGUUAUGAAAGAUGGGCUCGCCAGGAAGAUCUUGAAUUCUCAUUCCAAGAAGGACAAUUUCGAGGAGCAGACGACGAGGAAUACACUGCAUUCGACGAGGAUCAUACCGAAGAACCUGACACUGGCAAUCU